AUGGAAGAGAACGAUCCAUACCGUGCAGCACGACGAGAUCAUAAUAACGCAUCGCCAUGUGGAACACCCAAUGAACAAGACGCUGCUCAUUCACGAUCGGGAUCGGAUAGUAGUACCAAGAAGUUGACAGCACGGCAAAACUCCUAUAACGACGACCCUUAUGCUCGUAACGAACGAGCCAGUCGGCCGACCAUUCGAGCGAAUUCCUAUUUGCCGUAUUCCAAUCAUCAACGGGAUCCGCUAGCCCCUGUGCCACCCAUUUACAUUGAAGAUAAUGCAAGCAUUCCCAAUGACAGAACCAUUUCUUUCCAAGUCGAUUCCUUCACAUCCAGUUCCGAUGAUCGUAAACUACCACAAGCUACACACAAACUUGGGGACGCAUCAUCAUUAUCAAUACCGAUGCAUUCAAAGAAAAGGCGUCAAGGCCGUUGCUGUAGGCGUUGGCGUUUAAUUACAUUAAUUAGCGUCCUUGCUGCUGCUGUGAUUGCCGUAAUCUGGUACUUUGUAUGGCCACGGGUCCCCAUACUUGCAUUGGAUGGUGCUGAAGAUACAUCGAAUUAUAAUUCUUGGAUUACAGACAACAAUGAUACCAUCAUAGCAUACAACGCCACCUGGUCGCUCAAUAUGACUGCCAACAACGAUCAAAAUUGGAUACCCACACGCAUUAACAACAUGGCUGUCACUGUCAUCAACCACAAUACGAGUAAAGAAAUCGGAUCAGGCAACUCGGGAUCAUUGAUCUUGUCACCAAGGGAUUCGCAAAUAGUCAAUGUCCCUUUAAAAUUCUUGUAUUGGAGUGGUCCCAAUGAUGCCACAUUUGAGGAUUUGGCCAAUGUAUGCUCUGUUGUGAGUAACAAUUCGCCCAUGAGCCGACUACGAAUGCAUAUCGACCUGAUUGUCACCAUCCGUAUUGCUGGCAUCGCGUGGUCAUCCACUCAAGUAGUCUCAUCACCCGAAGGGUUCUUGUGCCCAACAUAG